AAAAAAAAACAACGCAAAACGCCAGAGAAGAGAUAGAUCGUCGUCGGGGGAAAGAGAUCGAGUGAAUCGAGUCAGUAGUCCGUCGUGCGCUGGGACGGUCCGAUACGUCUCUUGCAAAAGCCAUCUUUCGUCGUCGCGAUGGGCCGACCAGUGCUCGUUCGGGAGUGAUAACAGUACUUAUUACCAGUAUAUUUUAAUUGGUACAUACUCACGCACAGCUUCUCCUCCGUGCGGAGGGGGGGGGGGAUUCGUGUGUACGUUAAUUGUGUCCCACAUACAAUAUAUCCAACAAUAUCCACGAGGGAGUGCGAAAGGAAAAAGGUGGGAAUGGAGAACUACACGUCCGACUCGAGCGACUCGGACUCGAGCCGUACCAAAACCCUCGACCUGUCCUACCUGAUGCUCGACUCGGGGAUCCUCCACGAGCACUUCAUCUGCGUCCCGGCGCCAGAGCAGAUCGACACGGUACUCUUGCACCAGAACCGGCUGACUUUCCUCCCGGACAGCAUAGCCCGGUUCACGAGUCUGACGACCCUCGAUCUCUCGAGUUGCGGCCUCCAGCGGUUGCCCGACUUUGUCGCCGAACUCGGGCAACUGCUCAGCUUUUCGGUUAAAAACAACAAUUUGACCAACGACUCGCUGCCCAAGAGCUUCGAGGGCCUCGCGGCGCUCGUCGAGCUCAAUUUGAGCGGCAACAGGCUCACCGAGUUUCCCGAGCAGGUGCUCGAUUUGACGGGACUCAAGUACCUCUAUCUCGGGGGGAAUCUCAUCAGCGAGAUCACCAAGGAUGUCUGGAAGAUUCAACGUUUACAGAUACUGUCAAUGGGUGGCAACAGGCUAACAGACGUGCCGUCGACGCUGGGCCAACUGACCGCCCUGCAGGCUCUCAUACUCAGCGACAACAUGCUGGAGAGUCUGCCGAGCUCGAUAGCGAAUCUUAAAAAUUUAAAGACCCUACAGUUGCACAAAAACCGUCUCAGGACGUUACCGACCGAAAUUAUUACUCUUAGGUGUUUAACUGAGCUCUCUUUGAGAGACAACCCGCUGGUCGUAAGGUUCGUCUCGGACAUGACGCACAAUACACCGUCGCUCUUGGAAUUGGCAGCUCGUGUGGUCAAAACUAACGAAAUACCUUACAGGGAAGAUGAGUUGCCGAGGAACUUGAUCGACUACUUGAAUAGCGCUCACAGAUGCGUCAACAGUCUGUGUAAAGGUGUUUUCUUCGACAACAGAGUGGAGCACGUAAAAUUCGUCGAUUUUUGCGGCAAAUACAGGUUACCGCUUUUACAGUAUCUCUGCAGCAGCAAAUGCAUAGGACCGCGCGAAGGUGACGAGGAGGUAGUCAGUGGAGCCAUGAUUCGCAAAGUCUUGCUGGGCUGAUAAACAAUUUGUUUAUAGUCUUAAU